AUGGCAAACAAUACAACUGACACGAACGAGCAAGGAAUGUCAUGUAUUCUCACCGAAGAUCCCAUGGAGGCAAAAAUCUGCAAAGCACUAGCUUACUCUCUUCUUCUCGUCUUCUCUCUUCUUGGAAAUACCUUGAUCAUCAUGGUCGUCUGCAGAGACGACAAAAUGAAGACGACCACGAACCUACUCAUUGUAAACAUGGCAGUUUCCGAUCUUUUGGUUCCCAUCUUCGCCAUGCCUCGGGCAAACGUUGAGAUAUUCUACGGAAAUCUCCGAUGGCUUAUCGAUGGCGCGUUUGGGGAGGCGCUUUGCAAGCUCACCGCUUUUUUUCAAGAUAUUUCGACGGCAGUAUCAGUUCAGAGUUUGGUCGUCAUUUCCGUGGAACGCUUUUACGCCGUGUGGUUUCCAUUAAAAGCGAUUCGUAUCAAACCAAGAGUAAAAUACGUUAUUUUACUCAUAUGGUUCACUUCAUCACUAAUUCACGUCCCAUAUCUGUACGGUUUCAGAAUAGCGACAUUCAGUGGAGAAACCUACUGCUAUGUGGCUUGGUCGCGCCCUGUUACAAAAAUCGUCUUCUUACUAUUGAUAAUAAUAAUAUAUAUAAUACCUCUAGGGGUGAUAACAACUCUGUAUAGCCUGAUAGUCCAGAAGCUUAGAAGACAAUCAUUCUAUGGGGUGAGAAACUUAGUAAUCCACUUCAGUCAGCGAGAAAAGAGAAAUCGCAAUGUUCUAAAGAUGUCACUGGCAAUCAUUGUCGUGUUCUUUCUCUCAAUGUCUCCGUUUGUUGUAUAUCUCUCAAUUGAUAUAUUCAGUGACGGAAGAGCGUGCCUUUCGAAGAACUUUCGCUUCAUUACUCAAUAUCUUGUCCAUUGCAACGGUGCCUUAAACUUUUUUACUUACUUUACUUUUAAUCAAAGCUACCGUCGUGGUUUCUCCAGAAUACUUUCCCGAGUUUUUUGUCCUUGUUUUUCCGUCUUUGGCAGGAGAAAGGAAGUAGACUUAAGUCACCAUCUUGGCUUAGAGUCUUGCGGAUCGCAUGCAACUGUUAACACUGGAUUGGAUUGUGACAGUAAGAAUAUUGUCCUCACUAGAGUUUUUUCACUGGAGAAAAUCGAGCCAAAGUUCGUUGAGAAUGGUAGAACUAGUUAA